AUGGCCGGACAGAGGAGUUAUGCAGGUUUUCACAUAGCUCAGCAAAAUCAUUACUACUGGUACUGGCAAAGCCUCCCCUCUAAUAUUAGGGUGAAGCGGAACUUCCAGCCUCCCCAGAGUUACCACUGCGGCCCCUGGUACAGGCACCAGCACGGCGGUUAUCUAGCUUCUGGCUACAGCUGCAGCUGCGCGGUGGCUGGAAGGGGAGCCGGAGCCGGACUUUCUUCUGCGCGGGAGACCCCAGAACACUCAGCUGGAAACCCUCACCGUCACUGCUCUAUCGAGCUAUUAAACCAGGAGUUUAUGGUGAGAAGUGAAGAAGUCUACGACGCCCUCAUGAACUGCCAUUGGCAACCUCUGGAUACAGUUCACUCUGAAAUCCCAGGGAAGACUCCAAAGUGA